CCAGUCUGCCCCCCCCCCCUACUCGGCGGCCAACCGCACCCAAACCCCCUCCCCUCCCAGCGCCGGCCUCGCCGGAACCCUAGCCGCGGCGCUCCGGCGAUCGGCAGGCGAUCGCAUUGGCCGCGACGCCGAUGGCGACCCACCCCUCCAAGAGGAGUUAUCUGUGCGCGGGGAGCUCCUCGUUCGACGACCCCGACGUGGUCGAGGUGUCGCCGGCCGCCGCCGCCGCCGCCGGGGGGUGGAACCCCGGCCACCAGAAGAGGAAGCGGAGCCAGGUUGUUCCUCGUGAAAUAAUUGAAAUUGAUGAUGAUCCUGAUGGUGUUGUGAUUAUUGGUGAGAAAGCACCAGUUGAAAAGAAUAAACAUUCAGUUGGAUGUCCUCUUGUUUGGCCAAAGCAUGUGAAGACUAGUGUGGCUGGUGACACUGCCGGACCAAGCACCUAUGCUUCAAACAGUACUUCCAUUAUGGGUGGUUUUAAGAAAGUUAGCGCCGGACCAAGCACCUAUGCUUCAAACAGUACUACCAUUAUGGGUGAUUUCAAAAAAGUUACCUCUGGACCAAACACCUAUUUUUCAAGCAGUACUGUCAUUAAGGAUGCUUUUGCUAAAAAAUAUAUGGAAACCGCAGUUUACCAUGAUUAUGAUGACUACCCUUUUGACGCAUUCGAGGAAGAUGAAGACUUUGCUUAUGAGGAAGAGGACUACGAAAACUAUGAGUUUGAUGAUACACUUUAUGAGAAUGAAUAUAACUAUAAUUUAUCUGCUCAGUUUGAUGGCUUGGAUAUCCCGCCUGGAGUGGAGGCUCCUUUACCAUGGCUGCAGAAGACUGCCGCUGAGAUGUCGAGUAAUUCCAAACCCAUCCCAAUCUAUGACGAGAAAGUUGAUGAAAGAUACAACACAUUUAAGCAAUUUGAUACUGUUGAUGGCCAUAAUGAUCAUUAUUAUGUGAAACCAGAGUUAAGGAAAGCUCUGGUAGUGAAGAAGCCAUCAAAAGACUGGGCGAAGCGCAUUCAGCAUGAGUGGAAAGUCUUAGAGAAAGACUUGCCAGAUACCAUAUUCGUGAGGGCAUACGAGGAUAGAAUGGACCUUCUUAGAGCUGUCAUUAUGGGUCCAGCAGGCACUCCUUACCAUGACGGGCUCUUUUUCUUCGACAUUUACUUCCCUCCUCAAUAUCCAAACACACCUCCACUUGUUAACUACCGCUCUGGUGGGCUGCGGCUUAAUCCAAACCUGUAUGCUUGUGGGAAGGUGUGCCUUAGCCUGUUAAACACCUGGGCUGGUAGUGGAUGUGAGAAAUGGAAUCCAUCCAAUUCAACCAUGCUGCAGGUUCUUGUCUCCAUUCAGGCUCUGGUUUUGAAUGCCAAACCUUAUUUCAAUGAGCCUGGGUAUGCUAAUUCAGCUAACACACCUGCCGGGGAGAAGAGAUCCCUAACUUAUAACGAAGACACAUUCCUGCUGUCCUGCAGGACGAUGUUGUAUUCUCUCCGAAAUCCGCCAAAGCAUUUUGAGGAUUUCGUGGCUGGCCAUUUCCGCAAGCACGGGCGCAACGUCCUGGUGGCCUGCAAGGCCUACCUGGACGGCGCCCAGGUUGGGUGCCUUGCCGGGAACGGGGUGCAGGACGUGGACGAGGGUGACAAGAGCUGCUCGCUCAGGUUCAAGACCUCGCUCAAGAGGCUGUUUGAGGAGCUGCUGAUGGAGUUCACGGUGAAGGGAGCGGACUGCAGCAAGUUCCUGUCGGAGAAGGCGAAGCAGUCGGCCGCCUCCGCCUCCGGCACCACCUCUAGAGGGCCGCCGGCAGACACCACACUGAGGCUAUCCCAUCUACCACCACUGGGUGGCCUAAACCCCACAUCACAGAGAGUCAAGCCCCUGUCUCUCCCGGUGAGUCGUCUCCUCUCCACUUCCAUCUACACCAAGCGGGGAGGGGAUGAGAGGGGAAGGAGAUCUCAAUCCCCGCUCCCCGCCUCACCAAUGGCGCCGCCGCUCCUCCUCCUCCUCCUGCUCCUGAUCCGGGCCGCCGGGACCUCCUCCGCGCCCGCGCCCCCGGCCUACUCCGCCCACUGCCCGGCCCCGCCCGCCGUGCCGGACCUCCCCGCGGGCGCGGGCCCCGCCUCCGCCGCCCCCGCCCCCGCGCUCCAGCUCUCCACCGGCUACUUCUCCGGCGGCGGGGACCUCCUCUUCGGCCCGGACAACGGCGCCCGCCUCCCGCGCUCCUUCGCGCUGCUCCCCACCUCCGUCCUCCCCACCGCCGACGCCUCCGUCCUCCGCGUCGCCGCCACGCUCUCCUUCUCCGGCGCCGGCCGUAACCGCAACGGCAUCUGGCCCUCGGGCCGCAACCGCCGCCUCUUCGACUACGACGGCCAGCAGCACCGCCUCCGCCCGCGCCUCCCGCGCUUCGUCGGCCGCCGCGGCUCCCUCGUCUUCGACCUCCACGGCUACUACUCCUCCGCCUCCGGGGACCUCUGCAUGGUCGGCUCGGGCUCCGGCCGCGCCGCCGACGGCCGCCCCGUCGCGCUCCUCGCCGCCGUGCUCCGCCUGCGCUUCCCCCGCCCCGCCAACCUCUCCAGCCCCUUCGUCACCGGCCGCCUCGAGAGCACCGGCCCCGGCCCCGGCGUGGCGUUCGAGCCCGUCUCGCUCCUCGCCUACGCGGAGGAGGGGUACGCCUACGCCGAGAGCGCGUCCUGCCCUCGCCCGCCCGCCGACGGCCGCGACGUCCGCCAGCUGUUCGGCGGGAGGAACUUCACGUGCCCCGGCCUCAGGUCGCUGCUCAAGCCGGGGUUUAGGCUGGACUACGGCAACGGCGGCCAGUCGGCCGCCUCCUCGCUGGGGAUUAACCAGACGCACAUGUUCGUCAACAGGGUGCACUGCGCGGCCGACGGCGCCGUGCGUGUCUAUGUGGCCUUCUCCAACAUGUCAGAUUAUUCCAGGUAUUACUUCAUGGUCACCGAGAAGGCGAUUGUGGCAGAGGGCUUCUGGGAUCAGAAUUCGAACAGGCUAUGCCUCAAAGGAUGCCAUGUGGUAAACUCAGGAUCAUCCCGUGCGGAAUUGACUGUCAGUGAGUGCGGGAUUGGGAUGACCUUCUGGUUCCCGGGAGUGUGGUCGAUCCAGGAACGGAGCUUUUCUGCAGGGUUGGUCUGGAACACCAGCCUGAAAAGCGACCAGGGCAUUGCCGGAUAUUCAACUGCGGUUAGGGGUAACUUUGGGGGUUUGAAGUACAACUACACCAAGGUUGAGGAGGCAACCAAGUAUUACAAGCAGUAUGGCCUGAACAAGAAGAGGAAGGGCAAGUUCCCAGAUAGAAAUUCGUAUCUAGACUUGGCGUUCCGGUUCAACUUGCAGAAACGGGGUGGUUCUGGGUACGCAUCGCCGAUCACAAUUGGGACCAUGUUGUCUGAUGGGAGCUCUUUUGUGCUCUCAAACCUUUCCACUCGCCCUGCAGUGCUGGAGACGAAGCAGAGACUACUUAAUGUCAGCUACAAUAUCCGAUAUGUUGGGCAUUGGUCACUAGCAACAUUUCAACCGCAACAGAUCUCGGCGGAAGGUGUUUAUGACACCGAGACAGGCUCCUUGUGCCUGAUCGCAUGUCGACGGGUUAAUGUCUCCUCCUCAGACUGUAAGAUUUUGAUAACUGCUCACUUUGCUAGUCUGGACGCGAAAGCAGCAAAACAUGUCCAGGGGAAAAUUAUAAGCUUGAGGGGCAAGACCGACCCUCUUUUCUUUGAAACGCUGGACAUUGACUCAUAUGGGAUGUACAUAGGCCAAGUGGAAGAAUCAAUAUGGAGAAUGGACCUGGAAAGCACCAUGGCCCUCAUCUCAAUGACUCUGUCGUGUGCCUUCAUUGCUGUGCAGCUGUUCCAUGUCAAGAAGGUCCCUGAAGCGCUCCCUGCUAUGUCAAUCACUAUGCUUGUUGUGCUCGCUCUGGGUUACAUGACCCCUCUCGUGCUCAACUUUGAGGCUCUUUUCAAGCACAGCAACAAACAGACUGUUCCCUUCUCCGGUGGUGGUUGGCUUGAGGUGAAUGAGGUCAUGGUGCGAAUCAUCACAAUGGCGACGUUUCUGCUGCAGCUGCGCCUUCUUCAGUUGGCAUGGUCUGCACGGUCUUCUGUGGAUGGAAGCAAACACGAGGCAUGGGCUGCAGAGAGGAAAGUGCUCUGGGUGUGCUUGCCGCUGUACAUCAUAGGUGGAGUUAUAACAGCGAUUGUCCACAUGAGAACCAACCACAGCAGAAGGAUGUUGAGGCAAGUUGCUCGCCUCAUGCCGUCACGACAUACAUUCUGGGAGGACAUUGUCCCUUACGGGGGCUUAUUGCUCGAUGGGUUCCUGCUCCCCCAGGUCAUCCUGAAUGUGUUCUCAGCCUCUAAAGUCAGAGCGCUUUCCCCAGUGUUUUACAUCGGGGGCACCAUGCUGCGUGCGCUGCCUCAUGCAUACGAUGCAUACAGGACCCAUCACUUUGUGCGCAGCAUGAGGCCAUCCUACAUCUACGCGAGCUCUCGCGACGACCUCUUCAGCCUCGCGUGGGACAUCGUCAUACCUUGUGGGGUGGUCCUGCUGGCCACGCUUCUCUUCUUUCAGCAGUGGCUUGGGGGCGCCUUCUUCGUCUACUCCAAGAGACGGAAGCCAUCGAGCGAAUACGAAAUGGUUUCCACGGUCAGCUCUUAGCAAGUUCCUACAGCUUUGUUCAUCGCAAGAUAAGUGGAAGUAGAGGAGGGGUUUACAUAUAGUCUGAGAGAUAGUUUUUUCUGUUUCCUGAUGGAUGAACAUUUACCCCAAAUUGGCGCUUGUUUGCGGCGAAAACUUAUACAUGCAUGUAUACAAAAGAAGGAAACCAGAUCAGGCAAGGUUCGGUUCUUGAUUCACAGUUCCUUUUCCUAUGCUAUCCUUUGGUUUAUGGUUGACGUUCCCUGUUGUUCUGGUAUUCAGUCAGGGCUAGCUAUUAGCCCAGGUAGAUUUAUGUCUGAAUUCGUUGGAAUUAAUCUGCAUCCGCUCUUUAUGUGAGCUC